CUAACGUGCGCCGUCAAAACGCAGCCGUUUGAUCCUCCCUUUGUUCUGACAGCGUUGUCGUGUAUGUGACGUUGCGGUGUUUUGGAUUUGGAGGGCAACGUGGAGCGAGCAAGUGGAGGAUUGUGAUUUUUCAAAAUUUGAUGGCACAUCAGUGGUUUUUGCCAAGUGGGGGUUGUGGGAAUGAGGAGGGUUUUUAUUGAAGUUUUAUAGCGUUGGCGUUUCGAUGGUGUUGUAUUAGAAGCUAGGGGUUUUUUUUUUAAUUGGGGAGUGAUUGAAGAUUUGUAUUUUCAUUUUUCAUUUUUCAUUUUUCAAUUUUGGGUAUGGAGCCUGUGGUGCUUAAUUUGAACAGAGAAAUUGGUGGUGGUGGUGGUGGUGGGAAUAAGAGUGGUGAAGGUUUCAUUGAUAGAAGUAAAGUGAGGAUUUUGUUGUGCGAUAACGAUUCCAAGAGUUCCGAAGAUGUUUAUAAGCUUCUUUUGAGAUGCUCUUAUCAGGUUACUUCAGUAAGGUCAGCAAGACAGGUAAUUGAUGCACUGAAUGCAGAGGGGCAGUAUAUCGAUAUCAUACUAGCUGAAGUUGACCUUCCGAUGAAGAAGGGCAUGAAGAUGUUGAAGUACAUAACACGGGACAAAGAAUUACGCAGAAUUCCUGUUAUAAUGAUGUCCGCACAAGAUGAGAUAUCCGUUGUUGUUAAGUGCUUGAGACUUGGAGCAGCAGACUAUCUAGUAAAGCCUUUACGCACUAAUGAACUAUUAAAUUUGUGGACGCACAUGUGGAGAAGGAGGCACAUGCUUGGACUUGUAGAGAAGAACAUCUUGAAUUAUGAUUUUGAUCUGGUAGCAUCAGACCCUAGUGAUGCCAAUACAAACAGUACCACCUUGUUCUCCGAUGACACAGAUGACAAGUCCAAGAGAAGCACCAAUCCAGAGACACGCUUCUCAGUCCAACAAGAGCAAGAGUCUGCUAUUGCCAUUGCCCCUGCUGUUAAGGAACUUCCAGAUGCUCGUGCAUUAGAAUAUCGGCCUGAUGUGCAUGGAAUUAAUGACCACAGAACAGGACUUUUUUCAUCUGGUCCAAAGAAGACUGAACUAAGGAUUGGGGAGUCAUCAGCCUUCUUCACAUAUGUUAAAGCAUCAAUGCUGAAGAGUAAUUUUGAAGAAAUUGUUUGUGUUGACAACAAUGCUGCUACACGUGUGAGGAUGAAUGAUAUUCAUCAAGCAUGUGCUCAACAAGGGGUUAAUGACCUUCAAAUACGUGGAAAUGGAGAGACAUGUGAAAGUCAAUCGCAAGAAGACUUACCGAGCAGCAAUAGUAUUCCUGAUUCUUUCUCUAUUGAGAGGUCUUGUACUCCACCUGCAUCAGUGGAAAUUUCACAGCAAAAGCAUUACAAGGAAGAAAAUUUACAUCAGGGUGUGAUGCAUCCAAGAAAUGGGACUUAUUGUUCUGAGCUUGAAGUAUCUGGCAUGGCUGCCCAACAUGCUUAUCCAUAUUAUAUUUCAGGAGUUGUUAAUCAUGUUAUGAUGCCUUCAUCAGCACAAGUGUAUCAAAAGAAUAUCCAGGACCUGCAGAGUCAUGCUAGUUCAGCUAUGAUUGCACAGUACAAUCAUCUUCCCCAAGGUGGUCCUCAUGCAACGGGGAUGACACCCUUCCCAUAUUACCCAAUGAGUGUAUGCUUACAACCUGGUCAGAUUCCUACACCUCAUUCAUGGCCAUCAUUUGGAAGUUCAAGGUCAUCCGAAGCAAAAUUAGGUAAAGUUGAUCGGAGAGAAGCAGCAUUGAUGAAGUUCAGACAGAAAAGGAAAGAGCGCUGCUUCGAUAAGAAAAUUAGGUAUGUCAAUCGGAAACAACUUGCUGAAAGGCGGCCUCGUGUGCGGGGACAGUUUGUCAGGAAGUUGAUUGGUGCUAAUGUGGAUCUUAAUGGACAACCUGCUUCCAUGGAUUAUGAUGAAGAUGAUGAAGAGGAUGAAGAUGAUCAGGGAGCAAGAGAUUUUUCUCCUGAGGAUGCCUGAGUAUGUCAAAAUGCUAUGUUCACCAAAAGGAUGAAGGGCCAAUCUGUUCCUUCCUGCACUAACAUGUCCUGUCAAGGAUCUACCUCUGUUCCUUGCUUUAAUGAAAAGUUGAUAUCUCAGCGUUAAUUGAUUAGCAUGUGUUCUUAUUUGUCAGGGUUGCUGAUCCAAUGUGCUACCACAUCAUUUAUAGUUAAAAACAAACUCUUGCUGUGUCAUUUUUUGAAUACCACUUCCUCAAAUGAUGUGUCCUAUACUCCUAUAUAUAGAGCUCUUUCAGAAGGUGGUAUACCCACCUGCUGGUUAUGUCCAAUGCGGUUGGAAUUAUCAUGCUUGUUUUAUUGAAACUGUUGGAAGCAGGUUAUGCUUGCCUAUUUUUAUGGAGAAAUG